CUGAUGAUUGACAGGGAAAAGUAGUUUAUUCGGCGAUUGUAUGGUGUCAUUACGAUAAAUGACUUAAACAACAUUUCUCACAGCACAGGUUUAACUUGACAAAACAGACUAAAUGAGAGUGCUCGAGACUGAAGCGACACAGUCGUACAACAUGGGAAAGAACCGCAAACAUAAGAUGCGAAAGGCAAAGGAAGCCUCAGAGUCUUCAGAUGAUGGAUGUGCAUCAGUACCAGUUUGUAAUCACAUUAAUAUGGCCGUCAACUUUGCUGCCAUGAAGAAAGGAUUGACCAAACAAGUGUUUGGGGAGUGUGCUUCGUGUUCCAAGGAAAGCUCAUCUGGACGUAAACCAGCACAAGGGGAGACUUUGGACCAGGCUGGUGCAUCUCAUCAGGAAGAAAGUUUGAUUAGUGACCUAGAGCCUACACUAUGGGUGUGUCUCCAGUGUGGUCACCAGGGAUGUGACCGGAAUUCCAGGGAAAAGCAUGGCCUAAAGCAUUACGAGACGCCACGUUCCAGUUGCCACUGUCUGGUUAUCAACUCCUCCACCUGGACAUGCUGGUGUUACAAAUGUGAUGAUGAUAUUCCACUGGAGCGCAGUAAAAGGCUACAAGAAUGUAUGGAGUUUUUGAGAAAACAGGCAGGACUGCCUCAGCCUGAAUUAGUUAAGCGUGUGACUCAUGAGGCAUCUGCUGCUGUGGAUGGAGCAGAACAAGUUGUAAAAGAUUCCAAUGCUCGACCUCUUACACCAAAGACCUCAACACCUGGACUGUGUAAUAAAAUCAAGGGCCUGAGUAACCUUGGAAACACUUGUUUCUUCAAUGCUGUCUUACAGAAUAUGACUCAAACUCACUGUUUUGAGAGUUGUCUGUUGGAGCGUGGAAAGAAAGGGAGGUCAAUGUCAAUCUCUGGCAAGAGUGACACUGACGACAGUUCCACGGGAGAAGAAAGUGAUGGAGAACCCCCACCAUUGAAGGAAUUACCACGCAUCGCUGUGUCUCUGGGAGAGGCUGGGCCACUUACUCAAUCACUCAUACACUUCCUUCUGGAAAUGAACAAUAACACCUCGAACCGCAGCUCCACGGUCAACCCUAAUGCUCUCUUCAGUCAAGUCUGCAAAAAAGCCCAGAGAUUCCGAGGCUACCAGCAGCAAGACAGCCAUGAAUUAUUGCGUUAUUUACUAGACAGCAUGAAAAUGGAAGAAGUGAAGAGACGACAGGCUGCUAUUUUAAAGUUUUUCAAAUUGCCAGAAAAUGUCAAUCCAAAGAAAGUCGAUGAGGAAACUCGAUAUAGAGUUCGAGAAUAUGGUCGCCAAGGCAAGCAUACUUUUGUGGAUGCAGUAUUUGGAGGGAGCCUGAUUAGCACUGUAAUCUGUGAAGAAUGUUCUUAUAUUUCGCAGAUCUUUGAGCCAUUUCUGGACAUUUCUCUGCCCAUUACUGAAGAGAAGCCUCAGAGACCAAACCAGGUGCCAAGUGGAAGGAAGAAAGAGGUAGCAGCUAGUACUGAGGUCCAGGAGGAUUCCCCAGCGAUUGGUGUAGAUGGAUUUGCCUUUAAGGGUGAUAAGAACAGUAAACACAUCAGCAAAAAGGAAAAACGUCAAGCAAAGAAGGAUGCAAAGCGGCGUGCCAAAGUUUCCAAGAACCAAGUAUUGCCUAUGGCAGAUGGCAGCACUCUUGUGGAGGAAGAAGAUGGGGCUGGAGAGGAGGCAGAGCCUGAAGUUACAGAGACUGAACUACAGAAAGUUGGAGAAGGACAGAAAGAGCCAAUAGAUGAAGAUGGAAAUUCCAGUAAUAGAGAUGACCCAUCUGAUGCUGAUGUGGAGGACAACUUGGAAAGUGAUGUCAACCGGUUUGCCAGUCUGUCAGCCUCCUUUGGAGAGAAAUGUGCAACAGAAGAGGAGCAGGGAGCCGUUGGUGGUGAUGAUGACACCUUCCAAUCAGGCUGUGUGGUUGAGUCAAUCAUGCAGGAAUCUGGAGGAGCUGGAAAUUUGUCAGAGUCCAGUGGCACUUAUAAAGGUUCACAGGGGGCAGAAAGCAGCACUGGAGCUGGCUCAAUGAGUGGGAGCACAAGCACCAUCAAACAAGGACAGGACAGCACAGAGGAAGGACUAGACCAGAAUAAGGAUAGCAAAAGUCGCAUGUGUAAUGGGGAGGAGAUUGGACAUGAUAGAGGAAGUAAUGGUCACAUAGGUAAGGAGGAAGGCCAAGGACAGAGUGAUAGUAAAGUUGACCCACAGAAUGGACACUGUCAAACCUCAGACUUAAACUUGGAUGUAAGCAGUAUGGGGGAGAAGAAAAUAAAUACUAGUCUAUGUAAUGGUGAACUGGUAGAUAAAAGUUGUAACAGUUGUGAUGUUGAAAUGGUACGGAAAAGUCUUUCAGAUACGCACAUCGUCAAUGGGCAUGUAAGUAGUUGUGACAUGCCACAGUGUUCAGUGAAUAAAGAGCAAACUGGUUUCUGUAACGGAGUCUCCGCUGACACUUCAUUACUGACAGAUAAACUAGAUAAACUACAGUUACAUGAUGAUCCUAGUGAGGAAACAAGAGACUCUUACAACAAUACCUCAAGGAAUGUGUGUGAUCACCAAUCCCUUCCAAAGUCACGUUCAGUGGAGUAUUUAGGACCCAGUGUAGAAGGUGGGCGUAAUUCGCCAAAGCCUUCAAAUUCUUCAAGCAUGCUUGAUGGUGUGCACAAGAAGACUUGUCCUGGUCUGUGUCGACAGGCCUCUAAGCAUUCCAAACGUAAAGAGGCAAAGGUAAAGUCAACUUUGACCCUAGGACAAAGAUACCAACCGUCGUCACGUGAGUGUUCCAUCAUGUCAUGUCUGCAUCAGUUCACAUCAGCAGAGCUUCUCACUGGUAACAACAAGUUUGGAUGUGCCAACUGUACCAGGAUAAAAAAUAAACAGAACCCUAACAAAGAUAAAAAAGAUAAGCAGUACUCCAUUGCCUCAAAGCAGUACCUGAUAUUUACACCGCCUCCGAUUCUCACACUACAUCUAAAACGGUUUGAGCAAGUUGGCUACAGUUCCAGAAAAGUAAACCGUCAUGUUGACUUCCCCUUUGUGUUGGACUUGGCACCUUACUGUAGUUCCCUAUGUCAGGGUAUCAAGACUGGCCAGCAGAGGAUCCUUUAUGCCCUGUAUGGUGUAGUAGAACACAGUGGCCGUCUCAAUGCUGGUCAUUACACUGCCUAUGUUAAGGUGCGUCCCAAUGUAGGCCUCAAUAACACCUUCCUCCUGUCAGGAUUCCCCAGUCGGCGUGAAUACAUCCAGCGCUACAUGGAAAACCUGGCUAACAGUGUGCCCCCAGAGCGUGAGGAGUCUAUUGAUGUCCUGGAAGAAAAGCUUGUUCCCCCAGGGCGUUGGUACCACAUUAGUGACAGUCGUGUUACAGAGGCUACAGAGUCUACUGUACAGCGUGCUCAGGCCUACCUUCUGUUUUAUGAACGUAUUUACUAGACACCUUAACAUAUUCACAUCAUAAGAUUUAAGGAGCUCUCAUAAGAAAUAACCAAGUGAACAUGACAUCAAGUUGGCCAUUGAUAAUCAUUCCCUAAAACAGUUGUUUAAAAGUCUAGGAUUUUCAAUUUGAUGUAGAUAUGUAAUAUUGUACUGCAGUUGUGUACAAAGUGUUGGUAAUUGUGAACAGGCUAGCUUAUGCUAAGUCAUUGUGAUAGUUUCCUUUUUAUCCUCCACAGUAACUACAAAAUAAUUUUAAUGAUCUCAUUCAGCUUUGCCUCACAACAUGGUGAUGUGCUGUCUUGUCACAUGGAGUUGAUGGCUAGAAUUUAUUUUUUUCUCACAAAAUUUAACGGAUAAAAAUUACCUUUCUGUUUGAAAUUUGGGAAUUUGUCACGGGAUGCACUUCCACAGAUAAUAACAUCCUGCUAUAAACUUUUCUUUUAAAACUACACAAUUUUACAACUUUAGGACAUGUCUUAAAUCAAGUCUUAUUGUUUCUUAUUGUACAGUGCACAUUAUCAACUGCACUAUAGUGACUGAACUGUGUGGUGUUACAAAAAUUAAGUAUACUGAGAACAUGUCCUUUUAAAGACAUGUUAUGAAAUUGCAAGGUUUUUUUUAUACUAGCAUGAUUCAUUUUUCUUUUACCGGCAAAAAGCUGCUAUGCUAAUGUUACAUAAUUAUGAAAGUUUAUGAAAUUUCAUUUUUAUAUGAAACUGUUAUAAAUAUUCAUUAGGAUCACACCAUUCAUAUUAUUAAGUGUGAAGAAAAAACUUUCAAAUCACCGUGCAACAUAUUUUUUGUCAGUGAUAAUCUCUUGCCAAAUUUUAUUUCUUUUUUAUAUUAAUAUAUGUAUAUAGAUAUAUAAAUUUUCCAAUUGCACAUUCACUGAAGCAAUAGAUGUUUUUGUUAUUAAAUUAGUGUCACAGGAAAAUAUUGUUACCAGUGAUUUGUUAAUGGACUAUUCUUUGAAGGUCCGAAGUUAUUAUUAUGUGCUAUAACUAAUGUGAUCACUCAGUUUUGAGUGCCAGAGGAAUUUAAUUAAUAUAUGGCAUCGUUUAAAGUAUGAACAUUCUAUGGUGCCAUUUUGAACUUGGAAUUAAAAGUUUUUUAUUUCUUUCUACCUGAAUAGCUAAGUACCAAUCAUGAAAACAACAAAACAUUUUCAACAUUAACUUCAUUGAAAAUUGCCGCUGCAUAUAUAAUAUUGUUAAAGCUCUAGCAUCAGGUUGGAUAGUUUUUACUUUACAGCUAUUUAGAUUUUCAUUGUAUGAGGUAAAAUGUGGAAUUAAAAAGCAGAUUCUGAUUGGUGAUUAUUUUUAUUUAUUUAUCUUUGAUUUUUUAUAUUUAGUAAGUGGUCAUUCUACUCUAUAUUUUCAUGAUAAACUCUCAUUGUCAUUUCAGAAAAUGAUAUUAUUGAUAUUCAAUACAUACAAGAUUCACAGUUAUAGCUAUAAAGGAUUGUUAGUCAAAAACAACAGAGGAGUUGGAACACUUUCUCUGCUGGUUCUAUUUUAUACUGACUUGUUGUAUUGUUUUUAUUAUUUUCAUGUCUUUGACUCAAAGUUCAUAUAUACCUGACUUUCUGCAAAAUUUUAUAUUUUGCUGUUUGAUAUAUUGUAAAAGCUUGUAAGUUACAAGUCUUUUUGUUGCAAAAAUGGAACACUAUACUUAUAAAUAAAAAUAGAAUGUUGUUUGAGUGCUAGGGUGAGGUUUUGGGUUGGUUACUGAUACAGGUAAGGUUAAUUAUAUAUGUACCAUCACGACAGUGAUUGCCAUACAAACUCCUGUAUAGACAGGACUGUGGCCUUAAAUCUUAAUUCCUACAGUUGCAUCAAUAGAUGUUUAAUUCAUGAGCCAACCAGACUGGACAGGCAUCACAGCACAGUAAGCAGGUUGGUGCUUGAACUUUAAUCCUUCUUCCUCAAUUUAUAUGUAUAUUGGAUUCAUCUUGGUGAAAAAACAAAACAAAAAAAUAGAUUAUUUCAAUACGAUGACAUUGUCCAUGUGAUGCUUGAUCUGUGAGGAAAAAAUUAUUUUAAGGCAGAGUCUGUUUUUACUUGUUACUAUUUUCUGUUUUGCUUUUUUCUUUUACACCUUUGUACAAUUUUGAGUUAGAAUUAUGGUGCCAUUAACAUGUCGGGUAUUGCACUACUUGUGAAGUUCCCUGCACCAUAAAGUUUCUUUUCUCCAACUUAGAUGGAUUUAUGCUGAUGGCCUGUAGAUAUUCAAACAACUUCUGUUUUCUGGCAAAAUUGCUGCAAUUUUCUGACUUCUGAUUGGCUAAUAUCUUUUCACCGAUAAAUCUUGUUCUAUUCAGAGCAUCAAGAUGGGAUUUGGUGGAAAGGAUAAGUAUAGGGUCAUCUAUUAGUUGGCAUAACAAAAAACAGUGACAUUUUCACAAAAUGGCUGCCAAAUGGAGGUUUCUGAUUGGUGGAAGUUUUAAUAAAAUUUGGUAUGUAUGUGUAGUAUGACAUCUAAAUCAUGAUGAUGAUGUCUGUUUUCUGAUUGGGCAAAGUGGCCGAAUAGGGGUGUUAAUUGAAAGCUUCAUUUUUAUAGGUGUGCAUCAGGGUACCCAGCAAGUGUUAUGUUCAUUGUUUAAAAUAUUGAAAUGGUGCACUGGGUGAUGCAAAGCUUCCUUGCAAGCUAUGUUGAAGCACGACUGAAAGAGAAGUUUAGGGGACUGCAGUAACCAGUAACAGGUCCCUUUACACUUGGUCAACAUUAAAUUGGAGGAAGGGAAGAGAGGGGGGUUUUCCCAUGUUUUCUUCCACCAAAUUAUUUCUUCCUUAUUGACACAAUGUGUUGCAUUCCAUUUUUGUGCCUCUUUGAUCUAGGUGAAAUCUAUCUUUAAGAAACUUGGCUUUUUCCAUGAUGUGUUACAUGCUAUUUUCACAUCCUUUCAGUCAAGGUCACUGAUCAAGGUCAAAUGUCAAAUCAUCUUCAUUACUGAAGAUUAUUAAAACAUUACACAAAUGCUGUAAUUGCAGUACCCUACAUGUCACAUUCCACUUGAACAUCUAUUUUAAUCACGAAUGUUGUUUGAAGUUAAAUUCAGGUCCAACAAAUAAAUGUUUUAUGCUUUAAACAUCUUAAAACACUGUUAUAAAUAUCAUUCGAUAUUGUAUGCUGCAGUCACAUUAAGAACCUUUAAAAUCAGCAUUAUAUACAAAAUUAUACUAACAUUACCAUCAAACAGAGGAAGGGAACAUGUUUUCAUGUAAUUUAGGAUUUUUCCUCUUUAUACAGGACAGUUCUAGAAGAUUGUCCCAUUUUAGUUACAGAAUAUUAUUGAAAACUUCCUUUAUUUCAUUUUCCUGCACGACUUUGUGAAUGACUUUGCCAAGUGGUCUGCCACUUUUAGAAUAUGUAAAUGAAAAGUAGAAGCUAUUUCCUUUCAAAGUAAUUGAGAAAGUAAAUUCUUACUGUUUUCAGAUUGUCCUAUAUAUAGCUCGAAAACAUUUGGCACAAGUCAUUUGUGAUAUAAAGAAGAUUUUUCCAGUGCUGUAUACAAUGUGAUAUGAGGUUUUAGUCUUGUUUAGAACAGCUAGCCACAUCAGGGGAUUAUUGGAGGCUGGUAACUGACACAGUUGUCUGCCAGAUAUGUCUCCUAAUUUGUUGACUGUAUUCUUAAAAAAAUGUGCUUGAUAGUGGAUGACUUUGGAGUAAUUACUGUUAAUUGUUGUUAAAGACAUUUUCAGAACUCAAUAUCAUUGUUAUAAGAUAUUUACACAAUAGCGAUCUUAUAAUAAAAACAAACUGAUAAACA